CUACAUCGUGAAUUCGCCAAGGUGGGGCUCUAUGAACAUGCUAUACGACUGUUCAACCUGAUUUCGAAUCUCGCAGUUCUCAGAAAAGAGACCACCGGUCUCACGUACUUUCCUAAUAAGAACACAAUCGAGGCCCUUCGCGAGUCGUCCAGUUUAUGGCUUCCAGGCCUCUAUUGAAAAAAGUCCGUGUGUACAACCACUAGAACUCAUGAUUGGUUCUUUUUGGAAUUUGUGCCGUGCAUGCCCGUCGAUGCCUGUCGAUAAGCUUCACUCCGAGUACCGGAGCACGUAUCGAUGGCACGAGUAUACGGGGCCGAGACAAGAAGUUGUGAGAAGACCACCCCAGACUAAUGUCGCUGAAAAAUUCAGUGAUGUUCACGCCUCCAGGACUAACGAUGAAGACUUUCAGACCGACACACUCCCUAAGCUGGAACCUGCAAUGCCUAGACGAAAAAAAUAUCCAGAUUUAGCGUAUCGUCGCCACGAAUUCCUAGUAAGUGAUGGGGGUGGUGAUGAAUAUAAUAGUGAAGAUAGAGCUAGGGGCGAGACACAAGCACUGCAAGAAAAUCCUUAA